UUUGUUGACGGUCCGUCCCCUGCUGCUGCAGAAAAAUGACAGAAAUGUCUUCUUCCGAGUCUGCAAUGGGUCAACAUCUUACAGAAUAUGAGAACCAGAUGUUUCUGGAAAUUUUUGGUGAAGAUGGUUUAUUGCUUUUGGCGAGAGGUUUAGGUAUUGAUCGAAUCGCCUUACAGCUUCUAAAUCUGUACUGUGAUCCUGGCAACCUGGUUCUUGUAUUGAACGCAACUGUAUCGGAAGAGGAAUACUACAUUGAAGAGCUAGAAAAGAGAGGUGUGUCACCGAUGCCCAAGAUCAUCAACAAUGAGUACAGUACUCAUGAAAGGAAAGACAUUUACCUUCAGGGCGGAGUGCUGUUUGUUACCUCCAGGAUCCUUGUUGUUGACAUGUUGACAGAUCGGUUGCCCAUAGAUCUGGUCUCUGGGGUUCUAGUGUUCAAGGCACACAAGAUCAUAGAGUCGUGCCAGGAAGCGUUUAUUCUCCGUUUGUAUCGUCAGAAGAACAAGACUGGAUUCAUCAAAGCCCUGUCUGAUCAACCACAAGCCUUCGCAUCUGGGUUAUGUCAACUAGAGAGGGUCCUAAGGAAUCUCUUCGUCCGGAAACUGUUCUUGUGGCCAAGAUUUCAUGCUUCUGUCACAGAUUCCAUGGAUAAGCACAAGCCAGAUGUUGUUGAGAUUCAACUGAAGUUAAGUCCCUCGAUGCUCGCUAUCCAGACGGCCAUAUUGGACAUCAUUGCCGCUUGCAUAAAAGAAAUCCAAAGAUGUAACCCAUCGUUAGACAGCACUGAGGUGACAGUGGAGUCGGCCAUUGGUCGUAAGUCCCUGGAGCAAGCCAUCCGACGACAACUACAACCACUCUGGCAUCAGCUGACCUCUACCACCAAGCAACUUGUGGCUGAUCUGAAGCUGCUGCAAAUGCUGCUGUACUAUCUGACCCAGUAUGACAGUGUCACAUUUUACAAUUUUCUAAAAUCCUUACGAACAAAUGAAAAAAUGGUUACAAAUAAUUCUGGCUGGCUGUUCAUGGAUUCAGCUGAAGCGAUGUUUGUGCAUGCCAAGGAUCGGGUGUAUGGAGCUUCGAAAAAGACGAAAGGGAAGAAAGGUGAAGGGUCAGAUGUCAAGGGGUCAAGCUCUAAUGUCAGUGACAAAGAUCUGAGUCUCGAAGAGAACCCAAAGUGGAAAGUACUAACGGAAAUUAUGGAGGAAAUUAAGCGAGAGACCUCCAAAACACAAACUGAUUGUCAUGGGAACAGAGUAUUAAUCUGUGCCAGUGACGACCGCACGUGUGCUCAGCUGAAGGAAUACCUCCAAGAUGGCGGCCGCAACCUUCUACAGAGACUCUUCGCAAAGACGCUUGGGAACCAGUCUGGAGAGAAUACGGGUGAAGCGGCAAUACAAAUGCCAAACAGAAUGGCCAACAAACCAGCCAGCCGUGGAAGAAGAAAGGCGCAGAGAUCAAAAGCCAAUGAUGAGAAGAGCAAGAAGGAUGAGCCUCUAACUCUUACCCAGAUGGUCCGAGGGAGCAAGGGAGAUCAUAAGCAUGGGGGAGAAGCCAGUGAUUCUGAUGAUGCAGCUGAAGAAGUAGGAGGAGGAGGGGGUGAUACAGAUGAGGAUGUGGAUGAUAAGAUGCUGUCUGUGUCUUCACCAGAGGCUUACUAUGGUAUCACCUCUGCACCUCUCACUGUUAUCCACCCACUGCAUGGCUGCAAAGAUCCGUACAGCUUGAGCAAGACACUGCAUGAAGUCAAACCCCUCUAUGUCAUUCUAUACGAUGCUGAGAUUCAGUUUGUUAGGCAGCUGGAGGUGUUCAAGGCAUGCAGACCAGGGCUUCCUCUCAGAGUGUAUUUCCUCAUCUACUCAGGGUCCACUGAGGAGCAACGAUACUUGACUACACUCCGCAAGGAGAAACAAGCAUUUGAGCAUAUUAUCAAGGAGAAAGCUACAAUGGUUUUACCUGAAGAGAUUGAAGGUCGCGGAGAGAUCACACCCCAGCUGAGUAGAGACCAGCAAUCUGCGUCUAGCUCCCAGCAGAGCAGUAGAGCAGGAGGGCGCAGCACAAAGACACUUGCGCAACAAAAGAUAAUUGUAGACAUGCGUGAAUUCAGAAGUGAACUGCCAUCUUUAAUUCAUAAACGAGGCAUAGAUAUAGAGCCAGUAACAAUCGAGGUCGGGGACUACAUCCUAACGCCCGAAAUCUGCGUAGAGAGAAAAAGCAUCAGUGAUCUGAUAGGAUCGCUGGCAUCAGGGAGGUUGUUCAAUCAAGCCAUGUCUAUGACUCGCUACUACAAGAAUCCAGUACUACUCAUCGAGUUUGACCCCAAGAAGUCCUUCUCAUUGCAAUCAAAGAGUACCGCCUCCAGUGAGAUCACCUUCAAUGACCUGUCAUCAAAGAUUGCUCUCCUCACAAUGCACUUUCCAAAGCUGCGUAUUCUAUGGUGUCCCAGCCCUCAUGCUACGGCUCAACUCUUUGAAGAAUUGAAGGUCGGACGUGAGCAGCCAGACGCCGCAGCAGCUGCAACGAUAACGGCGAGCGAAGAGGCACAACAAGCCAAAUACAACCACGGACCCUACGACAUGCUGCUCAAGAUGCCAGGGGUGAACGUCACCAACUGCAGGCGCCUUCUCAAGUCCGUCAGAGAUUUCACAGAGCUCAGUAUCCUCACCCAAGAGCAGCUUGCCAAGAUCUUGGAGCACUCGGGAAACGCUACCCUGCUCUGGUCAUUCCUCCACUCUAAGGGAACGGUUGACCAGGACCCCAAAGCAUCAAAUCAGGCGGGAAAAAUCCAGAAAGGCGGGAGGAGACCGUUUUAUGGGAGGAAGAAGGGAGGGAAGAGGUGAUGCCUUGUAGGUUUGUACCUUUCAUCUCUUGACACCCUCUCUGCAUCGUCAGUAAGGCAGUGUCCUGAUUAGCCUGAAUAUCUGACGCCACACUUGAGUAAUGCCAGGUGGUGCUGUAGGUUGUACCUGUAGUAUACCUUGAUAGGCUCGUGAAUAACAGGUCUGGAAUUUUAUCUUCGAGAGGGCAAGGCCAUUUUCAUUUUGAAAUUUCCAUAACUUUUUCGAAAGUUUUGCCUUUCCAGCUGUUUAUGCUGUAAAAAGAACAUGCAGAAUGUUGCAAUGAGCAGAAUAUGGCCCUUUUUGACACCACGGC